ACAUACCAUAGCCACGCGUAACAUGUAGAACAACAGUGACCAACGGCCUACCGGUCAUGAGAGUCAGUCGCUUGCAUUGACUGGAAGUAUGACAUACCUGCAGACUACACUCUGUUGGCAAGCAGUCUCCCGACACUUCCUGCUCCUGGAUCGUUUCACAUCCCCCCGUCCAUACGUCUAACAAGCUACCACCAUGUGCAACUGGGAAUCCUACCAUUACACGGAGUGCGAACAUGUAUCAACCGACCCGACACUUGUGAUGGUAUGCCGAGAGGCCGCGGCACGAGGCAGCCAGCCUUGCCCAGUACGCGAGGAACAACACCCUAUCGUGGUUGAGGGUUUCUGUCCGUCGUGCAAUGAUUCCCAGGACGAUGAUGAGCCAGAUGACGGCGAAACAGCUGAGCAGGACGCGGAGGAUGAUGGUGCAGAUGCGCUGAACGAGCCGACUGCUUUUCUGAACAACAAUCAAUACAGAGAGCCGAACAUUAGUCACAGCGCUCCUCAAGCUCAGCAGAACUGUGGUAACUAUCAGGAACAUGCACACGGCGAUCAGCGUGGUUUUCAGCCAAGCGCAACACCUGCUAACGAUUCACGGGCGAAUCCUGCCCAGAGCGUGGCAGGAAUUGUUGAACCACAGGAAGAGCGCAAGUACGCCGAGAAGGGCAAGCGUCAUGCUCGGAAACAUUGGGACCGCAUACUUGAGGAGGACCUAAAGCGUGCAACAGAGCUUUCAAUUGCGGAACAUGGCGAAAAGUAUGGGUUUCAGCCUGAAGAGGCUGUGAUAAGGUCAUUGCAAGAUUUGCAAGUACAAGAGGAGCAUCUGUUGAAUGUUGCGAAGAGAAUGUCUUACGUUGAGUGUUACAAGGCCACCCAGAAAGCUCAGAUGGGCACCCGACAACAUGGCGCACUACCCUUGGACGGUGACGACGACGAGGACAAUGAUGGUGCAUCCACCGUGACUGGCUUUUCCACUCAUUCUGGAGUGCCCCCGGCUUUUAGUGGUCACCCUCACGCAGCAUUUGCAGCGUCGCAACCGACGAUAAGGCCUAGUGGCCCGACUACAGCUCAUGCAGCGCCAUACCCGUCAGGCGAAAUUCCAUGUCAGGCAGGCUCAUCUGGGGGCGCCGAUGCGCCACGCAAGAAGGGAUUCUUCGGUAAGGUGUUCGGAAGGCGGCCAUCCCCUUCCGCGGCACCGAAUACGCACGCGCAGCAGGCCGCAUACCCGCCACAGCAGCAGACAGGGAUGCCAUACCCAGAUCUUGCCACACGAGGCCAACGUUCGACGGCCUCCAUGCCAGUGCCUCCGGGACCGGACCAAGGCUUUGAUUGGACCAGCCCAAGCCUCCAUUCUCCAAGCCGACCGGCGUCGUACUAUCGCGUUGAGACACAGCUAGAUGACGAGGACCGAAGACGUCGGAACCUCCAUUCCCAGCGGAGUGGUCACUCAGCCGGUAACGGCACACCGGAGGGUAGUACCGUGGGCUCAGAAGUUGAAGAGUAUGAUGAUGGCAGUACAGUGACGGCGGUCUCCAGUGAGGCCGCAGACGAGGUUGACCACGUGGGUAGUAAUGGCUACGGUGGGCCAUAGAGUCGAACGAGCCUCUAAAGCUUGGCAGCAUUCUGGGUUUUGUGCUUGAAGUGAGUGGAACGUUCGUGACCGAAGAUGUCAGCUGAUGACCCAGUACACUCGAUCAUAGCGGUGUUCAUCAUAAGCUUUAUACAAUCCAGAUUGUUUGCGCCGGCUGUGAUGCUUACUUCAUGGCUAAGCAUAUUUUUCGUGCUUGCCGAAACACGCAACGCCGGCGCCAUGCAUUGCAAACAUUGUAAAACGCUUG